CAAUAAUCUCAUGCACAUGCUCUUUCUUUCUAUCAAUAUCAAUACAAAAUAGCUUAAAGAAAAAUAAGGGCAUCCACUAAAAAGACGGACACAAGGGCACGUGGUGGCUGAUUCCCACUACUUAUUAAACCACUGGCGACUUUCCAGUAACACCGUUCAAACCCAGCUGUUCAUAGCUGUCCAAUCUCUUCCCAUCUCCAUGUGACCCCAAACUUCAUCAUUCUGUUCUUUUUUCUUCGUGUGCCUUUCUUACCUCUAACAACAUUCCCCUGUGCUUGCUCGGAUUCUCAUUUCUGCUGCAUGUCAUAUGCAAUAUACACAUACAAUAAUGUGCAUAUUUUUCAUAGGGACAUCUACAACUGCAACAACAUUAACAUCCCACCUUAAUCUCUGCUAACACUUUCUUUCUGCUUUAGUCUCUGUCUUUCAAAUGGCGCAAUUGCCUCCAAAGAUUCCAAACCUGUCACCAAGUUGGCCGGACUUCUCUUCUCAACACCAGAAGAUGCCAUUGCCACCUCUUAACAACGACACCGCCGCCACCCAUCAAAAUCAAAACCCUUCUUGGGUGGACGAGUUCCUCGACUUCUCCUCCUCCCGCCGCGGCGCUCACAGGCGGUCGGUCAGCGACUCCAUCACCUACUUGGACGCACCCAUGAGGUGUGGUGAAAACAACAACCAUAAUAAUGGCAAUGGCAAUGAGUUUGACAGGUUUGAUGAUGAGCAAUUCAUGUCCAUGUUCACGGAUGAAGUAGUGCUCUCUGGGGUCCCCUUGCCACCACCAACUACCUUGUCUUCCUCUAACCCUUCUAGCCCUUCCGAUCAGAACUUCUUCCAUGAUGAUAAAGAGAGUAGCCGGAAGGAGAGGAAGCUGCAGAAGGAGGAAGAGGAGCACCACCACCAACUGAAAAAUGAAGUAGAUGAGGUUGAAAGCCAAUGCAUGCAGGAAAUUGCUCAGCCUCCAAAUGACACCAAUACUUCUUCUUCCAAUGAGAGAAUUACUGACCCCAAGAGAGUCAAAAGAAUCUUGGCUAAUAGACAAUCUGCACAAAGAUCGCGAGUGAGGAAGCUCCAAUACAUAUCAGAGCUUGAGAGAAGUGCAACUUCAUUACAGGCUGAAGUUUCAGUGCUGUCUCCAAGGGUUGCAUUUUUGGAUCACCAACGUUUGCUUCUAAAUGUGGACAAUAGUGCUCUGAAGCAAAGGAUCGCUGCCCUUGCUCAAGACAAGAUCUUUAAAGAUGCUCAUCAAGAGGCACUGAAGAGGGAGAUAGAGAGACUGAGGCAAGUUUAUGAGCAGCAGAGGCUGAAGAAGAUGGAAAAUGCAGGAGAUGUUCAUCAAAGAGAAAAGGAAGUACAACUUCUGAACGUUUGAAGAAGAUUUAUGAGAUGAGAGUGUGGUUGUUUUUACAUUAAGAGAAUUUUGAUUAGAGAGUUGAUCAAGUUUGAGUGAGUGAGUGGUGUGAAACAGCGGAGGCACGUGAUGUGUUUACUUUAAAAGGAGGGGACCACUGAAAGCUUGCAUGAUUAGAAUGCAGGGGAUCCACAUGUGCAGCAGUGGCAUCAAAAGAGAGGGUGGAAGAAACAGUUGUCUGUCUGCUUUAACUUGAUAGAUAGGACUGUGCUAUAUAUCUUCAUCAUUCUUUCAUUUCUUUUCUAUCUCUCUCAUAUGUAUAUGGAGAAAAAUACUUAGACAACAUUUUUUUAUAACAUUUGAACAUCAUCAUACGUGUCAUUGUGUGAUUGGUCUAUGGUGGUGUCAUUGUGUCAUUUGAACCAAUCACACAAUAACACAUAACACAUAUGAUGAUAUUCAAAUGUUGUAAAAAAAUAUUUUCUAUGUAUCAUUAUCUUAUGCCUCUCUACUCUCUAUUAUCUUUUCAUUUUUAUCAUCACCCAAAAUGUAAAUACUCAUUUCACACAAUUUGCCAUGUAUAUAUAUAAUAAUACUCUAGUUUUUCUC